AUGGAUAAAUGCGAGUCGGACGGUUGGCUAAAGCGGUCUGCGAACCACCGCGCACUGGUACAUGCAAUCACGGCCUUGUCCGCACCAUACCUGAGCGACAGUGAUAUGGAACAUGUGGAUGCAGGACAUGGUAAUCGUGACUUUAUGUCAUCAACCUUGCUCCUCCGGCACAGCUUAGCCAAGGCCCGGACGAUGUCCUGCCAGACCUCCGACCAGCCACAGGUCAUCACCAUUCAGAUGAAUCUGUGUCUUUCGCUUCGCGAGCUUCUGGUCGCAUCGUCGAUGCGUGCGUGGCUGUACUGUGGACUGGCUAUUCGACAGGCGCAGGCUCUACGCAUGCGCAUGGAAUAUAACCAGCGUCACGAUCUCCAGCAGCAGGAGAUCCGUCGGCGUACAUUUUGGGCUUGCAUCAUCAUGGAUCGUCUUGUUGCCCUCUGCACGUUCCGCACACAGACAAUCGACCCUGGUCUUGUUACCAUUCAUCUUCCCGCCAGCGAUGUGGCUUUCGCUUUUGGUCACCACUCUUACGGGCCUCGUCUCGAUGAGCUGGGUGCCAGCCCAGGAUACAAAACUAGCUCUGGCUCCUUAAUCGCUCUCCCGGACGGCCAGCCACUGAAUCUGCGAUCGUACUGGAUCAAGACGACAGUGCUCUGGGGAUACAUCUUGUCUGACUACGUCGAUUACGGCCGCCGCAACUUUACUCUGCCGCCAUUGGAAGGUCCCUAUGGUGACCACAGCCGCGCAAUACAAAAUUGGUGUGCUACGCUGCCCGUGGAAAUGCGGUGGAGUGAGGCUAAUUUGAGGGCGCACCGCUCGCUUGGCCAGGCUGCACUGUUUGCCGAGAUGCAUAUUCUCCUUGCCCAUGCCCGAUUUCUUGUGCAGCACGAAUACCUGCCACAAAUACACGAACCUGCGACAGCUACACACCACCGCCCAUCUGCUGACAUCCCUCUGGUGCCAGGAUACGACCGCGCGGGCAUCGCUUUUACUCAUGUUGAUGAUCUGGUGAUUCAAGUCUGCGUCGACGGUGCCUUUGAGGUAGUAGAUCUGAUGCGUGUUGUGCAGGCCAACAAUGUGCAGUGUACCAUUGGCAUGGGCGUGGCCUUGGUCACUGCAUGCAGUGUUCUUUUAUGGGUCGUUGACUGUAGCAGGCAGGCGACCCGUGGUGUACCUUUCGACCACAUUGACCAUACCCGCGCGGAACAAAGCAUUUCGUAUCUGUUGUCCGUCUUAGACUCGGGAUUUCCGCGGCACUGGCGCCUAUCCAAGACGUGGGCAUCGUCCAUUCGACUGCUAAACCGCUUUUAUCAGGCACACUACCACUCCGUGACACAGUCGGAAACGGCAGUAGAGAGUAGCGGCGACAUAGACACGGACAUCGCGGCGGAUAGAAGAGAGGACGACGGAGGUGAGCAGCGGUCUACUAUGCUUCAAAUUGGCGAUGGGCUGCCUGACAUUUCCAUGAUCCCCGAUGGGCUAUAUUACAAGGCACGCCUCAUAACCGGUCUGAGCAUGGAGAUGCCCGACCUCUUGUAUCGAAAGUUCCUGCGACAACAGAUGCAACCACCGAGGGAGACAAGAACUGAAACAGCUGCAACCUCAGAGGAUGCCGCGACCGUGGCGGAAACUAUCACCGAGAUGCCAUCGACAGACGACUCCACCGCCGACUUCUGGCCGCUGGACUUGGACGUUAUGCUCGAAGUGGACUUUGCAUUUUUGACCAGUUUAGACGUAGACAAUGACCCAGCCACGUGGACGACAAUCCACGGCGAAAAUUAG